AUGGCAUACCUAGCACCAUGCAAGGUCUGCGUGCGCCGCCUUCACAAGAAGGUGGCCCACCGUCGGCCGGGUAGCGUGCGUAAGCCGAAGGCCCGGUCCUUGGCCACGGCUAGCCAACGAGAUGAGAAAUGUCCCGAGCAAUUGGAAGGUGGUGUGUAUGAACGUGCGCCCAUGCCAGAGGGCUACUCUUUUGUUCCCAAGGGCGAUAUCUUCAUUACUCUGAAGUGUCGAAUGAAGACCUGGGAGUCUAAGCAGAUCGUGUACAACGUCUACAACGGACUGACCCAGAUUCCCGUCGGAAUUCGAGUGCCCUCUGGUAUCUACGCAGAGGUUCUUGCAAAGUCCAAGGAGACUGAACGACCUCGUGCCUUUGCCGCCAACCCCCGCUAUACCAACUCUCAGGAUCCAGCACGAACGCUCCUACGCCGUCACUUUCCGAUGAUGCCAGGGCACAUUCUUGAUUCCAUUGUGGAGUAUGCCUUCCAAGAAGGUUCGGGUCGAGUGGGUUGCGAUGAAACCCUUUCCGACAGCGAAAAAGCCCAGCUAGCUGUCGAGGCCCAUAUUCGACACCACCACACGCCUUACGAGGCCAUGCUUGAAAGCGGGUUGGAUCGGGAACUGGCACACAGGAGAGUACGGGAGACCGUACAGAGAAUCCGAAAGGCUUGGGAGGGAACCGACUGA